CAAGCAAGACUUUAAUAUUAACCAGGAAAAGUGUCCAUGGCUACUACUACUUCAAUGUCUUCCAUGUAUGCUUCUCUUCUUUAUCUAUGCCUUCUCUUCUGUCUAGAAAAGGGCGCUUAUGCUUUUGAAGGAAGAAAAAUUGCAGAAAGCAACAAUCUUCAUACCAUUCAAGUAAGCGAUUUGCUUCCAUCAACUGCUUGCAAACAUUCUACCAAAGUUGCAGAAAACAAGGCAGCCUUCAAGGUAGUUCAUAGGCACGGGCCAUGUGCCCAACUGAUUCAAGACAAUGCAAAUGCUCCCAAUCUCGAGAAUAUCCUUGUUGAAGAUCAAUCCCGAGUGGAUUCAAUCCACUCAAAGUUUUCCAGGACCUCCGGAGACAGCAGCUAUGUGAAGCAGACAGAUGCUACUAGACUACCGGCCAAUAGGGGUGUCUCCCUUGGCACAGGCAAUUAUAUUGUCACCGUGGGACUUGGCACUCCUACAAAGGAUCUCCCGCUCAUCUUCGACACUGGAAGUGACCUUACUUGGGUACGGUGCAUGCCUGGCGUCGAUGCCUUCGACCCAACUAGGUCCUCUUCCUAUCACAACAUUUCUUGCAAAUCGGAAAUUUGCUCUUAUGUCACUUCCGCUACAGGUAACCGUCCUGGUUGUGCUUCCACAACAUGUGAGUACGGCGUCCGAUACGGUGACGGAUCAUUCACCUACGGAUUCGUGGGCAAUGAAAGGCUAAGCAUAGGAUCCGCAGACGUAUUUGACAAUAUCACCUUCGGUUGCAGCCAAAGAAGUGAAGGAUUGUUCGGAAAAGUCGGCGGCUUGAUGGGUCUUGGCCGAGCUAAGUUGUCCAUCAUCUCACAAACCGAUUCAAAAUACAAGAAGCUUUUUUCCUACUGUCUCCCAGUCUCUGGCAAAGCCGGCUUUCUCAGUUUCGGCGCCUCACAAUCAAAAUCCGCUAAAUUUAUCCCGCUAUCUUCUAAUUCCGACUUUUAUAGCCUCGACCUCGCUGGAAUUGUUGUUGGCAACCGGAGGCUUUCAAUCCCCGCAUCGGUGUUUUCUAAAGCAGGCACAAUCAUUGACUCGGGCACUGUAAUCACGCGGCUGCAGCCAAAAGCUUACUCUGCUCUCCGUUCAGCAUUCACAGAAGCAAUGUCAAAGUAUCCGAAAGCUGAGCCACUAUCAAUACUGGACACUUGCUAUGAUUUUAGCAAAUAUAAAACGAUUGAGGUGCCGAAGAUUGCGUUGUCUUUUAAUGGAGGUGAUGUGGAAAUUGAUCAAUCGGGAAUCUUCUUUGCUAAUGGGAUUUCGCAAGUGUGUUUGGCGUUCGCUGGGAAUACAGACGCGAGGGAUAUAGCGAUUUUUGGGAAUAUGCAACAACAGAAUUAUGAGGUGGUUUACGAUGUGAAUGGAGGGAAGAUCGGGUUUGCUCCUGGGGCUUGUAGUUGAUUUAAUUCCUCCAAGUCAACUCCUAUUAUGCUAAAUGCUAAUUAUUUAAGCUUAAUCACUAGUAAAUAAAGCCAAUUAUGUAUGCAGCGCAGACCCAAAAAAUGGUCAAUCAAUUGCCUAAUAUAGCUUUAGUAAAGAAAUUAAUUAUUUUAUUUUGGUAA